AAUGAGAUUCAAAAUUAAGGUUAAUGAGAAUACAAAGCAUGCUGAUAUUUGCACUUCAGUAAAAUGGGGGUUGAACAAUGAAGCAUAUAGGUAUAAUGUCAAUUUUGAUUAUUUUAGUUUGAGUGAUGAUUAUACAAUUUUGAAAUGGGAUCCUAAUUCAUUAGAGGUAAAUUAAAUUGUAAUUAAAAGUCAUCGAAAUUUGUAGAUUUAGAAGGAUAUGGCACAGACUUCGAUUUCUUAUAGGGAUAGAGAGGAUCAACAGAUCUAGUAGCUAUAGCAUUUAGUGAUGGGUCAUUCAUAUUGUAAUAAAAGACAGGAAAAGUUGAAAAGAAAGAGAAGGAAGCACAUAAAGGAGCUGUAAUUAAUAAAUUAUGAAAUAAAUAGAUUAUAAGUAUUAAAUGGAGUGUAGAUGGAUCAUUAGCAACUUGUGGUGAGGAUGGUGCUUUAAAAAUUUGGAGUAAAACAGGAAUAAUUAGAUCAAAUUUAGUAUAGAUAGAUAAACCAAUAUAUUGUAUAGUUUGGAGUCCAGACAAUGAUGGUAUAUUGUAUUGUUCUGAUAAAAUGAUCUAUAUUAAACCAUUAUAAGCUGGUUAAAAAUAAGUUUAAUGGAAGGCACAUGAUGGUUUAGUUUUAAAGGUGGAUUGGAAUCAUACAAAUAAUUUGAUAUUAUCUUGUGGAGAAGAUUGUAAAUACAAAGUAUUUGAUACUUAUGGCAGAUUAUUAUUUGCAUCUGCUCCAUAUGAUUAUGUAAUAACAUCAGUUGCAUGGAGUCCAAAUGGUGAUUAUUUUGCUGUAGGUGCAUAUGAUAUGUUGAGAUUAUGUGAUAAAACAGGUUGGACUUAUUCUUUUCAUAAAACUAAUUAAGGCAGUAUUUUAAAUAUUGCAUGGACUAGUGAUGGAACAAUUUGUGCAGGAGCAGCUGGAAAUGGUAGUGUUAUAUUUGGUCAUGUUGUAGAAAGAUGUAUUACUUAUGAUAAAUGGGAGAUUACUUUAACAGAAGAUAAUAAGUAUAUAAAUAAAAAUAAAAAUUUUAGAAUAUAAAUAAUAGAUUUAAUAGAUGAAAUGAAUAGUGAAUUUGAUUUUAAAGAAAGAGUAAUUAAUAUGUCAAUGAAAUAUAACAAUCUUAUUAUUACAACUAGUUCACAUUGUUAUAUAUAUUCAUUUAGAAAUUGGAAUACUCCAUAUAUAUUUGAUAUAAGAGAUUCAGUAAGUUAAAUAUGUUAAUGUGCUAAUUACUUUUGUUUAGUUGAAGUAAGUUCAGGAAUUAUGGUAUAUAAUUAUGAAGGAAGAUUAAUUAGUAAUCCUAAAAUAUAAGGAACUAAAUGUAAUAAUAUAAUAAUAUAUUUAUAGUUGAACAUUUAUCUCAUAAAAAGAUAGCUAUAUCUAAUGAUUUAUUAGCAUUAGUUGAUGGAGGUAAUAAUAAAGUAGUCAAAUUUUAUGAAAUGAAUUCAGGAAAAGCAUUAAAUUUUACAGUUGAACAUUCCUUAGAAAUUCUUGAAAUUAAUUUAAAUUAAACAGAAAUGAUUGGAGAAAGAAAAUUAGCUUUUGUUGAUUAAAAUAGAGAUUUACAUAUUACUCCUGUUCAUAAAAAAGAUAUAGUUAAAUUAGCAGCUAUGACAGAUUCAUUUUUAUGGAAUGAAAAAUUUGAUAUGUUAUGUGCAAUUUCUGAUUAAAGAUUUGUUGUCUGGUAUUAUCCAACAUCAGUCUAUGUAGAUAGAGAUUUAUUAGAAUAAGUUAAAGUAAGUAAAGAAUGUACUGAUCUAACCAGAAAUUCAUAAAUUUUAUCAUUUUAAGAUACUAUGGUUUAAAUUCGUAGAAAAGAUGGUGCAAUUAUGACAUAAAGUGUUUCACCAUAUCCUGCAUUACUUUUUGAAGCUUGUGAAAGAGGAAAAUGGGAAAAAGCUAUUAAAUUAUGUAGAUAUGUCAAAGAACAUACAUUAUGGGCUGCUCUUGCUGGACUUUCACUUUAAUUUAAAGAAUUAAAUACAGCUGAAAUUGCUUUAGCUGCAAUUGAAGCUGCAGAUAAGGUUCUAUUUAUUUAAAAGAUAAUUAAUGUUGAAUCAGAAAAAGCUAAAAGUGCACUAUUAGCUUUAUUUUUUAAAAGACCUUAAGAAGCUGAAAAUAUCUAUACAUAAGCUAAAUUAUAUUAUAGAGCAAUAAAAAUGAAUAUCAAAUUAUAUAAGUAUUAUUUUUAUAACCUAAUUAUUAUAGAUGGGAAAGGGCUCUUGAUUUAGCACUUUAAUAUAAUGUUCAUUAAGAUACUUUAUUAGCAUAUAGAUAAAAAUAUCUUGAAUUAACAGGUUAAUAAGAAACUAUACCUAGAUUUGAAAAGCUUGCAUAUGAUGUAUUUAUAUUGAUUAAUUUUAGAUCAAAAAGUAUGAUUGGGUUGAAAUUAAAAAUAAAAUUAAAUAAGAAAAGGCAAGAGAACAAUAAUCAUGA